UUCUCCUUUUUGCUGGUCUUGCUCAAUUCCUGUGACAUUGACAUUCUUGGGGAGAAAAAUGUAAUGAACAGGAGAUUGGAGGAAGGAAGAGUUAGUGAUAACUUUGCCUACUGCUUAAGCAAACUCGGGGGAAACAAGAAAAGAGACUUCGGCCAUACCAGAGGCCCCAACAUCUUGGGCUUCAUAUCUUCAAAGACUUCUUUGCACAAUUCAGCACUCUUCCCUAGCCGUAAUCCUCCUUCGGUUUACGGAGCCCUGCAAACCUCACCUGGUACUGAUGGUGGAGAUGAUUACGCCUUGCUUAAUUCAAUUGUAGCGACACUUUCUUAG